AGUCGAUCGAAGACGGGAAGCAACGCCCUCAAGUGACGGAAUUUUAGUUAGGGAUUGUUUUGAAUGAAUUUUUGAUAAAAAGUGAAUAUGUUGUAUUGUUUGGUUAGUGAGUGAUGUAGCUGUGAUGUCUUGAGUUAUUGUUAUGGCUGAUGUUGUUGCCUCUGGUAACUGCUUACUCCAUUUAGCCCAGAUGAAAUAGUUUUCACACUACAUCGGAGCCAUUUUGCUGACAGCGCCUACAGUGCCGAUUUCCAGCAAUUUUCGCUUUUAAUGCCCCCUGUAUUCUAAAAUUUUUAAAGUGUAGUUAUAAGAAAAUUUAAACAUUAAGAUACAUCAAAUAAGGAUAAGAUAACCAUUGGGGAAAAAUGAGUUCGAAGAAGAUACCAGUUAGACAUGGCCAAACUUUAAGAGUAAUUAAAAUGGAUAGCAACCCUGGAUCUUCUGGAGGAACAAGUGCAGGAGGAGAAACUAUUACGGAUAUUCAGAACUAUCUUGAAACUUUCAAUAAAGAGAUAGAAGGAGGAGAUUCUGCUAAUAGCCAAAUAGGGAUCAAAUUCGAAACAAGUGAAGUUUCAACUGAAGUUACAGAAGUUGAUGGUGGAGAAUCUGGUGCUUAUUACAUAGAUCAAGCUACUGGUCAGUAUUACUAUGAAUCCAGAUCUGAAGACGGUCAGAGGGUGAUGACAGUAGUACCAGGGAUUCCAGAAUCUCAUACUGUUGAAGAUCAGUUUGUUCCUAUCGACAAUCAAACUGAUGAAAAUGAAGUUACUGAAGAUGUCCAGGUUAUGGAUGAAAGUGGACAGAUGGUACUUGGUACAGGCGAUUCAUACCAAACUGUUACAAUAGUUCCCUCUGAAACAAGCACUGGAGAGGUCAGUUAUGUCUUAAUUGUCCAACAGCCAGAAGAUAAGGAAAAAGAAGAGGAUCAGGAUCUUACAGUUUAUGAUUUUGAUGACCAUGAAGAACAACAUCCAGUGAGUGGUGCGGAGUCAGGUGAUGAAGAAGAUAAAGCAAAAAUUAUAAAGAUGAUUCCGAAGAAAUCACAAACGGUAACUCAGGCCCAUAUGUGUAAUUACUGUAACUACACCAGCCCUAAAAGGUAUCUUCUUUCGAGACACAUGAAAUCUCAUUCUGAAGAAAGACCUCACAAAUGCAGUGUUUGCGAGAGAGGAUUCAAAACACUUGCGUCUUUACAAAAUCAUGUAAAUACUCAUACGGGCACUAAGCCGCACCGUUGUAAAUAUUGCCAGAGUGCCUUCACUACAUCAGGUGAAUUAGUUAGGCAUGUGCGCUACAAGCACACUCAUGAAAAACCGCAUAAGUGCUCUAUUUGUGAUUAUGCGAGUGUUGAACUCAGUAAAAUGCGAAACCACAUGAGGUGUCAUACAGGUGAACGGCCUUAUCAGUGUCCUCAUUGUACAUAUGCUAGUCCAGACACAUUUAAAUUAAAAAGACAUCUCAGAAUCCACACAGGAGAAAAGCCAUAUGAGUGUGAUAUUUGCCCUUCUCGAUUCACUCAGUCUAAUAGUCUUAAAGCUCACAAACUUAUUCAUAGUGCGGGUGACAAGCCUGUCUAUCGAUGUGAAUUGUGCCCUGCUACUUGUGGUAGAAAGACUGAUCUCCGAAUACAUGUACAGAAGUUGCAUACCUCUGAUAAACCUCUAAAAUGUAAGCGGUGUGGUAAGCAGUUUCCAGACAGAUAUACUUAUAAGGUUCACAAUAAAUCACAUGAAGGUGAAAAAUGUUGGAAGUGUGAUCUUUGUCCUUAUGCAUCAGUUUCACAAAGGCAUCUUGAAUCUCAUAUGCUCAUUCACACAGACGAGAAACCUUAUCAAUGCGAGCAGUGCGAUCAGGCUUUCAGACAAAAACAGCUGUUAAAACGACACCAAAAUCUGUACCAUAAUCCAAAUUAUGUUCCCCCUGUGCCUCGUGAAAAAACUCACGAGUGCCCGGAAUGUAACAGAGCUUUUAGACAUAAAGGAAACCUUAUAAGGCAUAUGUCAGCCCAUGAUCCUGAAUCUUCAGCGGCCGAAAAAGCUUUAGCACUGAAAAUAGGUCGACAAAAGAAGGUCCAAAUUAUUGAUGGUCAGCAAGUUGAAGUGAUGCCUGGUGAGGAUGGUGAUGAGGAAGAUGAAAUGGAAACAGAUAUUGAUGGCAAUGUUGUUGCAGUUGAAGGAUCUGAUGGACAGCAAUAUGUUGUUCUUGAAGUAAUUCAAUUACAAGAUGGUGAGGAAUGUGACCCGGAAGUAGCUGUCGUGAGUGGCUCUGAUCACGGAGGUGUUGAACAAGCUGUAGCCAUGCUUAGCGAUGAUAAUCAAUCUGAAGAAAUCCUCCCUACUAUUAGUAGAUCAUCUCAAUCCAUUGAAACAGAACGAUCACCAGGCAAAAAGUCAUCUGCAAAUCACAAAAACAGAAAUAUGGAACAGGACAUGGAUAAUUGUUUUGGAUUUGAUGACGAUGAAGAUGACAGAGAUGAAGUUGAGACUGUGAUCCCGUCCAAAGGUGAUAUCCGCAUUCUCACAACAGGUGGUCUUCACUAAGGGAAAUUAAAAGACUGUAGCUUUAGAGUACCUGCAUCAGGUAUUAUAUUUUUUAAAUAAAAACCGUUCUGUUUUUGGAAAGAAUUCCAAAGCAUCGAUCGGCUAUGAGUUCUAGUCUUUCAAAGCUUUGCAUGUGGUGUUUCACCAUGGUAAAGGUGCAAGCUAUUAAAACUCACCAAAGAUAAUUAAGAACAGAACUUGGUAAAGAAACUAAAGAUAUAAAUGAAAAUUUCAUUGAGACUCUCAUUCCAAAUUGUUUUAGCUUCAGAAUUUUAUGUUAAAUGUACAUGUACAAAAAGAGUGCAAAAGGAAGUAUAAGUUAGUUUUAAAUACUUGUCAGAGAUUGUUUAAUUUUUUGACAUUUCGAAAUUGUCUUAUAGAAACACUGUAUAUAUUUCCCCAUUACAAUUAGAUACUUAUUUGAUUUAUUUUUAGGUGUAUAAUAUUAUAUCAAUGUAUAAUGUCUAUGUAUAGUGUAUACAUAUGUAACAAAACUGUUUUAUUAUAAUCUAUAAUUUGAACAAAUUUUUCACCUUCUAAUUGUUAAGUUUAUAGUGAAGUUAAUUGUAAGUAACUAAUGCCUGUACAAAUAUAAGAUGUUUUAAUUAAAUUUCUUGGCAAAACACUUUUCUAGCAAUAUCACAAUUUAAAGAAAUAGAUUCAUUUAUUGCUAUGGAAACUACUUCAACUAGAACUUGAGGGCAUCUCUGGUUGAUGAUUAGCCAAGUUUUUUAUAUUUCCAAAUAAAUACCUAUUAUGAAUGUGUUGUAUUUCUACUGUUUCAGUAGCUCAAUAAUUUUAAUUUUACUAAAAAGGAAAGCAUGUAUUAUUGUGUCAGUGACAUAUUUGUUACUAUUUAUUGACUUUAGAUAGUUUAUUUUAAUGUAAAAAAAUUAUAACAAUUUUCUUUUAGAUGUUUCUUGCCAUCUGUUUUUAGAUAUGUAUAUAUGUGUACAGGUGACUAUUGCUGUGACUUUCUAGUUAGUUAAGAUAAAGAAAAAAAGUUUUCAAUCAAACCAAUGUCUUUAUUAUUUUUUAAAAAUUAAAUUUUAAUCACGAAAAAGCUUGAUUUUAUUUCUUAAGUUGCAAUAAUUUUCCUUAAAUGCAAACGGUAUUUUAUUUGUCUGUUAUAUUUAUUUUAUGUAAAGUUAUGUGUACGAAACAUUUACAAUUAUACUUCAUUAUGAAUUAUGUGAUUAAUUUUAUUUUGUUAUUUAUUAAUUAAAAGUGUACAUUUUAUUCUUAUUA